GUUGGAUCUCAUCCUGGAUGUGGAAUGUAUGACUUUGAUUGGCGGUAUUAUUGGAGUUAUAAUUGUCCAGAUCCAGGUGACAAAUGUGUCAAAGUCAUUGAACAAAAAGGAGCUGAACUGAUGGUGAUAAGAGACUGUCUCAGUUAUCUGGAAGGACACAGAAGAGAUAUUCCUGCGGAUCGGUACGAAGGAUGUCGUCCUGCUGCAGCUGACCCACAGUUGGGACAUUAUAUAUUCCCAUCAGUAGAUGAGAUAGAUCACAGGAGGAAACAUUAUAAGAACGUCACAUUCUGUUUCUGUGAUUUUGAUGAACGUUGCAACAGUGCUUCUACAAGUACAGUGAGUGUAGCCUUCUUACUGCUGAGUGUUGGUGUCCUGUUUUUCUCACUAUGUUCAUAUUGAAACUGAGCUGACAUCUAGAAGUACAAAGAAGAGGGGAAGUACUGUAAGGGCUCUAUUCCAUAGUAUAUACUAUUGUUAUUAUGAUUACUGCCUGAGUUUUGAAUGGCUUAUGAGAACAUUACAAUUUUUAUGGAUGGUUUUAUUAUCAGGUAUGAAUUUUUUUUAAAAUUUGAAUUGCCAGCAUAUCUAUACAGUAUUGGGAAGUAUUCAGACUAUAGUUAUUUAAUAUUUUGCAAUAGGAAACCCUGCAUGUAGUAUAAAUUUGAUUAAAGAAACAAUUUUCUUAUUUAGGAACAUUUUCACUGACUCGGAAUUAUUUAUCUUUUUCACAAAAAUUCAGUAUCGUAGGUCUCAUAGUAUACAUUGCAUGAAAAUCUUACCACUGAUAAUCUCAUUCUUCCCUUAUAUCUUUAGGAGGCCAUAACAAUAUGGACUAUUCAAAGUAUAGUAUUAAUGCUUUCAACUAUGAUAAAUUGAUAAAUAAAAAACAAAUGUCACUUGUUAUUUGAUCACUUUUAAAGAAUAUCAGGCAAUAAAAUCAUUUCACAACAUAACCAUAGCUGCCUACCAAAAUGUUAAACAGAUUUUUCAUUGUGUAUUUAUAUACAAUUCCAAAGCCUUGUACUGUAUUAUCUGGUAAGUAUGGGUUUCCUAAAACAGCACGGUGGACACUUUUAAGAAGUAUUGAAAUUUAAAAAAGAAUUUCUGGACUUAGCUAUGGAGUUUUCCAGAAAGUACACUAAUACUGCCAAGUGUAGGUGAAUAUAUUAAACUUUCAUUCCAGGAUAUGAUCUUCCUGUAUGUGACUUACAUUUCAUGCUCAGAAGUUUUAUUUGUUACUUUUAAUUUUUAUUUUUUAUUUGUAAAUAGCAUUUUCUUUUAUUAGUACAGGGUACAGUAUUAAGUAUAUACCUUGGAACUAUUUGCAGUGAUGAUUAUGAGGUUUUAUGUUAUGGUCAUUGAAAAGCUUGUGUCAAAGGUAUCUGUAUUAUGUUAUAAUGGUGUCUCGGGCCAUUUUCUUGAAUUCCCUAAUGGUUUUUAUGGCCUCAGGUAGGUUUGGCAUUUCAUACAAUUGUAGUCAAGUACUUUUACUGCUGUGGUCAAGACUAUAAAAAUCUUGUUGCUUUGUUUCAGGUUAAGUAACCAUGAAUCUUUACAAAUUUAUAAAACAGAUACAUAUUUUUUCUGCAAAUAUAAUAAGUUUUUAAGGAAAUUCACAAUUGCCUUUUAUGUUGGAGUAUUCCUCUGCAAGCUGGCAUUGUUCACAAACUUGAUAAAUAGGUAGCUAAAUGGAAGUAAGGAAAGUGGCUGAAAACUGUCAUUCACCUAUCAUCAUCAAGUACUUUUUCUUUUGGCUUUGUCAAGUGUUUGGUUACUUUCAAUGUGAAAAAUGAACAUAACAAAGGUGUGAAAAGUUUGGGCAAAUGUAUAUGGCCCUCCAAGCACUCUGUUUAAUUGAAUCCCCACCAUUACUGUUCCUUUGUAGGGGUAGGAUCUGCAGUUGUCGGAAAUUUUCGGUAGAGGAGGAAUGUGACUAGUGUUAGCCUACCACUCCCUCCUCCCCACCAUUAACCUCUCCCAGCUCCUUCAUUAUGUACACUGCUCUUUCAGCUGAUAGGGGUUACGGUCAGAGAGUUGAUUGAUAAACCUACCCUUGCCAUGCUACCUACUACCAUUUUCUGUUGCCACACUUGGGAAAAUUAAUUCUAUACAGGCAUCUUCCCUUGAACUUGUUUCAGUGACACCUGAAGCAUCAAUAAUCAACUUCAAGAGAUCAUCCUUCCCAGCUCAUACAUUUAGUGGGGAGAUCACAGAGGACCUUGCAUGGAGAGGGCAAUCUUUUAUGAAUAUCAACAUUUUGGAAAAGCAAGCAGCACCACUAACCCUGCAAGCCUUCCAGGAUUAUUUUGGUAGAUCACAUAAUAAUGAUAAUGAGCAACAACAGGAUCAUUAUUUCCCUUCACCUUUGACAUGCAAAGUAGAUGCACAAAUGUACAAUUCACCAUGCCUUCGAGCGACUAUCCAGGUAUAUUUUGGGAGUGAGGAAUGCUUUGACAGACCAGCUCAACUGGUUUCUUUAUAUAGAGAAGGCUAUUUAAGCUCUAAAUCACCAGUGAUCAACCUGCUCAUCAAGUGACUAAGCAGGGAGCUCCUGCGGUUGUGCUUUCCAUUGUCAGAUCCCUGAAUUGCCCUGGAGGAUGCCAUUUAGCAAGCCUGGAAUAUUCUGUAUGGCUGCACCUUUCCUUCGCGUACCCUAUCCCACCAAGUAGUCAACCAUGCAUAUAUCACUAUGGGGCUCAGAUAUCCAGAUAGCUUCUUUUGGUUUCCCAUUUUUCUGGUUCCUAACCUUGGAAAGUUGAACAUCUAUAAUUCUUGACACAGACAGGUCUUUUUUUUUUCCCUCCCUAGUUAGAGCUUAUGUUCAGUAGGUCAUGGGCCUGGCAAGUAACAUGCCCAUCUCAUCCAGUACUUGAAGGCUUGGAAUCUCUCAUGUUCAUUAAUUCUUGGGUUUGAUGGAGAAACUCAAGACUCAGUUCUGAUGAGAGAUAUAAGAUAUUUUUUAUUUCCUCUCUUUGGGACCUUGCUGGUAGCCAAGAUGAGAGGCCUUGCUUGGUAUGAGCCGUAGUAAGACCCAGCCUCUCAGGCCAUUGUGACAGCGCCUCAUGCUAUUACCAGCAUACACAAGAAGUGGGUAUCUAGGAACCUUUUUUUGUUGGUAUGUGAUGUAUCAAAUGACUAUACGCACAAACUCGUUAAGUCAAGGGCUUUUGAACUGUCCUGAACAUUUUGGAAAAACUUCCUGGCAACAUGAAGCAUCAAAUCACCUUUUCCUCACUACCCCUAAGGGAUGUCACCCACAGGUGCCCAUACCUUUUUUAGGACCUAUUGUGGUUGCUCAAGAGGUUGUGUAAUCACUGCUUCUUUUGGGCAGAAAAUCAUUCUACCUAAGGUAUCAGGAGGCCAUAAGUCUGUGGUCAAAUGGUAAAGUAACUGGCUUGUCUCCAUUUUUCUAUCUUCCUCACUCUACAGGGCAACAGCUCAUUCUUAGUACAUGCUGGACUGGGCAUGUAUUCAGAUGGUUACUCAGUCAAGAAACCAGUCCUAGAGCUUCUGCAGAUAAGAUGUGAGUAUCUGCACCCUUAAUAUUAACAAGAGGUCUGGGGUGAAUAGUAGUUAUAUUCCAAAGUCAUUAAUUAUAUUGGUCAGAAGACAUAGGUGCCCUCUGACUUGUGCAACUGCAAAGGGGUUGUACUUGUUUUUCCAAGGAUUUUCAUAUUUGAGUGAGAGUCCAAACACACUCGCUUGAGCUCAGUGUGUUAUAGCUUUAUCAUUCAUAUGCCAGAUCAAGUAGUAGAUUAGAGUCAUUGCUCCCCUACUCAUAUAAUGACCUGGAAAGUGACAUUUUCACCUAAGGAGUAAGUUCCUUUAUAAAAAGCAAUGGUUUGUAUUUCUGUAGAAACAAAUAAACAUAUUUUCCUAGGGGUAUGUAUUUCCUGUCUCAACCACACUACUUUGUCCCUGAUGCCAAAGAAAAAAGUGCUUGGUGAUGCAGGUGAGUGAGUGUUCAGUAUUUCCCAUUCACCCUCUAUAAAUGCCUGUCAACUAUUUUUGUUAUAAAGUUUCAGUGACCAAUUCCAGACUGCACUGAGGAAUACUCCUACAUAUACUGUAAUGGUGGUUUGGCUUGCAUACCUAGGAAGAAAAAAAAAAAAGUAAUUUCAAAAUUUAUUUUGCACACUGCUAAUCUUGUAUUUCAAGACAAAUAAUAUAUAUAUGUAGAGUUGUAUAUUUUACUAAUUUACUUGUAGACUCAAAAAAUGUGGCAGCUAAGGCAAGUUGUGACUUUAAGAAACCGGCGAUGAAUUUUGUAUUUAUGUCAGCACUGUUGUUCUCCAGUUCAUGAGAGAUACAGAGAAACUGCAGUUUUAUAAGAAUAAUUUGUCACAUUCUUAAUUAAUGCAAAACUUAAUAAUCAAUAAAUUGAAGUAUUGCAAAUAAUGACUUGUAAAGUGAUUGAACUGCUCAGUAUUGAAUUUAGUAUACUGUUACUUUUGAGUAUUGUAUUAUAUUGACUGUACAUAGACAGUUUCAACCUUAUAACGCACAAUAGUAAGUACAAAGUACUGUACUGCUUAUGCUGUUAUGUGUAUUGAUAGGAUUAUAUUGAUUUAUUUUAACUUAGCACUUUGGUUGCUAAGCCUAGAAGUUCAACAAUACCAACCAUAUUCCGGAAACAGUUUUGUAAGCCCAUAAAUUGCUGAAAAUUGUGAAUCAGGUUACCUCACUCUUAUUAAUGAUUUACUCAGUCAUCUGCUGUUUAAAAAACCUGCAUUAUUAUUUUUCAUGAAGUAGUUUCACUGCACCACCACUGUAACAUUUCUGGGACAGAGGAGAAUUAAUAAUGGGGUUAGACAGAUACUGUAAUUGGAAACUAAACAGAAGGAUCAAAGGAGAAGGGAAUGCAGCAAGGGAUGAAGGAAAGUUGCAAAAAUCUCUUACUGUUUUACUUACUGCCAAAGAGCUUUACAAGGCUCUAAAAGUAAUCCCCUCCUACAGACACCCUAACUCGAGAGUAAGGGAGGGGUGUGCAUUUUACAGUAGUACUAUGUCAGUAGCACAGGCAUCUUUAUACUAGAGCAAUACAUACUAUUGUUUCAUGAUGUUUUGUGAUAGUAUAUUCUAUGCUGCCCUGGGUAAGUUUCUUAGAAUUUAAAUUCAAUGAAUAUUAAAUAACUAAGAAUGUUUGAGGUAAAAAAAUAACAAUGCAUACCAGUAGUAUAGUAGUUAAUUUUGUCUGCCAUUGUGAGGUUAACUAACAAUCCUUAUGCAGCCUAUAAAACAAUAGUUGAGACAAAACACUUGUUUAGCAAUGUUGCAAUUUACAUUUAAAAUAUUGCCUUAAAGUAUAUUUUAGUCAAAUUAAAAAGUCCUUCAUGAAAGUAAAUAUAUUGCACAGUAUAUAGUUAAUUGUAAAAGUAAUGACCAUUGAGUGUUGGCAAACUAUUGAAUUUGACUGUUUUAUGUCACAAUUUGAUAUAUAGGGUAUUGUCAAGUAAGAACAUUUAUUUUUCUCCAGAAUUAGGAAUCUCACUUUAAAGUAGUGUUUGCAUAGAUUGUCUAAUUAUAAAUAAGUGAACAGUAAUGUGUAACUUGCCCAAAGUGAUGUAAGCCAUAUGAACUUCAGUAGUAAUUUAGCAAUAGUGGUCAGUUGAUAAGGUAUAUGUAAGUUUUGUACGAGUAAUUUUAAAUUCUUUCCUUUUAAUGUCACAUUAACAGACCAGAAAGGAGAAUAUUUUUUGAAUAAAUGCAGCCAUGUACAUUUUCUGUUUCUAUAUUUUUAGCGUCAUUGAUGUGUUUUCUUUGUGGCACUGUAACACGGUUAAAUUACAAAAUACAGUAAAAGUUUGUGAUUGAAACUAUGUCCGUCCAUUUUCAGGAAUAUUACUAGAAUAAAUUGUUUCAUAUUUUUCUAUGAGCUGAGAAUAUCUGAAAUAAAAUUAAAAUGAU